AUGGCAGUCCCAACGGCAUCCGCACCAGGCAGAAAAGUGCGCACCACCGCAGAUGCAUCCAUCCCCCCACAAGAGGCUUUGAAAGUCUUGAAAGAGGGCAACACUCGCUUCCUCAAUGGAGCACCUACAGCAGCUCAAACCGAUAAGAUCAUGCGCAAGGAGCUUGUGGACAUGGGACAGGCCCCCCAUACUGCCAUCAUUGGCUGUGCCGACUCCCGAGCACCUCUCGAGACAAUUUUUGAUGCCAUGCCUGGUGAUUUGUUUGUGUUGAGGAAUGCUGGCAACACUUGCACUCACGCCGAAGGCAGCAUGGUGGGCAGUUUGGAGUUCUGUACGGGAAAGCUCGGUGCCCGCAUGAUUUUGGUGCUCGGUCACACCAAUUGCGGUGCGGUGUAUGGUGCCACGAAUGCCUACUUGGCAGCAAAGAAGUCGGGCACAGCCAGUGUGGAGUCGGCUUUGGAGGGUCUUUUGCUGGACUUGGCUCCCGUUGCAGAGAAGGCGGUGGCUGAGAUGCCUCACCAGAAUGCAGACGACAUUGCAGCCUAUGCUGUCCGGGUGAACGUGUUCCACACCAUCGACUUCUUGCUGAAGUACAGUGCUGGGUUGCGCGAGAAGGUGAAGAGUGGGCAGGUCGAGAUUCAAGGUGGCAUCUACCACCUGGAGUCUGGAAAGGUGGAAUUCAUGGGAUGCUCUCCGCAGCAGUCAGCCCUUUUGAGCACCAACCUUGGGCUUCCUCCAUCCAUGACUCGUGAGGGUGGCCGCACUUCUGGCUAUGGCCCUGCAACCCAAGGUGAGCAUGGCGUGCGCACAACUGUAGACAGUGCUGUUCCUGCUGAGGAAGCUUUGAAGAUCCUGAAGGCUGGCAAUGAGCGCUUUGCUGUGGGCGCUCCUUUGGCCAAGCAUGCCACUUCGAAGAUGCGUGAAGCUUUGGUGAGCCAUGGGCAGGCCCCACACACUGCCAUCCUGGGCUGUGCAGAUUCCCGUGUGCCAGUUGACACAGUGUUCGAUGCCAUGCCGGGUGAUUUGUUUGUGUUGAGGAAUGCUGGCAACACUUGCACUCACGCCGAAGGCAGCAUGGUGGGCAGUUUGGAGUUCUGCUGUGGCAAGCUUGGAUCCAAGUUGAUUUUGGUGAUGGGUCACACCAAGUGCGGAGCCAUUGCAGGAGCGACGGCCACUUACCUCGCCAACAAAGGCGCAGAAGGCAAGGCCAUGAAGAGUGCAGGCAGCGCACUGGAGGGUCUGCUAGUUGGCCUGUCUGGUGUGGCAAAACAGGCUGAGGAGGAGCUUGGCCCUGGUGCUGAUCAAGAUGAGUUGGUGUCCCUCAGUGUGCGUGUGAACGUCUUCAGCUCCAUUGAUUUCCUGUUGAAGUACAGCCCAUCUCUCAAGGAGCUUGUGAAGAACGGCAACUUGGAAAUCCAGGGUGGAAUCUACCACCUGGAAACAGGUCGAGUGGAGUUCCUUGGCCGCUCGCCCAGGCAAGCGGAAUUGCUCCGCUCUGACACGGCUUCUGUGCCACCAUCCCUGCAAGCAUUGCCCAUCCGCACAACAACAGAUGGACCUUUGCCAUCCAAGGAGGCAUUGAAGCUGCUGAAGGAGGGCAAUGCUCGCUUCACCUCUGGUGCUGCCAUUUCAGGAAAGAUCACUCCAGGCAUGAGGAAGGCAUUGGUCAACGAGGGUCAAGCUCCCCACACGGCCAUCAUCGGCUGUGCCGACUCCCGAGCACCUUUGGAGACCGUGUUUGAUGCCAUGCCUGGUGACAUCUUUGUGCUGCGCAAUGCUGGCAACACAUGCACCCAUGCUGAGGGCAGCAUGGUGGGCAGCUUAGAGUUUUGCCUGGGUGCUCUCAAGACCAAGAUGGUGUUGGUGCUGGGGCACACUGCCUGCGGAGCCAUCAAGGGUGCCACCUCAACGUACUUGCAAUCCAAGACUGGCAACGCACCCCAGGUCUCCAAAGCUCUGGAUGCCCUGCUGGUUGGCCUCAGCGAUGUGGCCAAGAAGGCCUCGCAGGAGUUGGGUCCCAACGCCACGGAGCAGCAGAUUGUGGACCGGACCAUCAAACUGAAUGUCUUCCACACCAUUGACUGCCUGCUGCAGUACAGCCCAUUGAUCCGAGAGAAGGUGGCGGCAGGUGAGGUGGAGAUCCAGGGUGGCAUCUACGACCUGGAGACGGGUCAUGUGGAGUUCUUGGGCCAAAGCCCAGCUCAAAACAUCUUGAUGAAAUCUGGUGCUACGUUUCCAGCAGUGCUUCGACCAGUCCAACAUCAAGCAUCAGUACCUCAAGUAGCUCCAGCGCAAGUGCUUGCAGCACCAGUUCAAUAUCGAGCACAGCGAUUCACGUAUGUGCUUCCAGCAACAACACGAGUAGUACAAGCACCAGCAGCACCAGCGUAUCUUCAGCCAGCACAAGCUGCUCCGGCUGGGAUCACAGAACAGAAGCUGUUUGCUUUGACAUCCCUUGAAUCACUCUAUCCCUUUGGCCCAGCUUUGAAACUCUUGAAAGAGGGCAACACUCGCUUCCUGAAUGGAGCACCUACAGCAGCUCAAACAGAUAAGAUCAUGCGCAAGGAGCUUGUGGACAUGGGACAGGCCCCCCAUACGGCCAUCAUUGGCUGUGCCGACUCCCGAGCACCUCUCGAGACAAUCUUUGAUGCCAUGCCUGGUGAUUUGUUUGUGUUGAGGAAUGCUGGCAACACUUGCACUCACGCCGAAGGCAGCAUGGUGGGCAGUUUGGAGUUCUGUACGGGAAAGCUCGGUGCCCGCAUGAUUUUGGUGCUCGGUCACACCAAUUGCGGUGCGGUGUAUGGUGCCACGAAUGCCUAUUUGGCUGCAAAGAAGUCGGGCACAGCCAGUGUGGAGUCGGCUUUGGAGGGUCUUUUGCUGGACUUGGCUCCCGUUGCAGAGAAGGCGGUGGCUGAGAUGCCUCACCAGAAUGCAGACGACAUUGCAGCCUAUGCUGUCCGGGUGAACGUGUUCCACACCAUCGACUUCUUGCUGAAGUACAGUGCUGGGUUGCGCGAGAAAGUGAAGAGUGGGCAGGUCGAGAUUCAAGGUGGCAUCUACCACCUGGAGUCUGGAAAGGUGGAAUUCAUGGGAUGCUCUCCGCAGCAGUCAGCCCUUUUGAGCACCAACCUUGGGCUUCCUCCAUCCAUGACUCGUGAGGGUGGCCGCACUUCUGGCUAUGGCCCUGCAACCCAAGGUGAGCAUGGCGUGCGCACAACUGUAGACAGUGCUGUUCCUGCUGAGGAAGCUUUGAAGAUCCUGAAGGCUGGCAACGAGCGCUUUGCUGUGGGCGCUCCUUUGGCCAAACAUGCCACUUCGAAGAUGCGUGAAGCUUUGGUGAGCCAUGGGCAGGCCCCGCACACUGCCAUCCUGGGCUGUGCAGAUUCCCGUGUGCCAGUUGACACGGUGUUCGAUGCCAUGCCAGGUGAUUUGUUUGUGUUGAGGAAUGCUGGCAACACUUGCACUCACGCCGAAGGCAGCAUGGUGGGCAGUUUGGAGUUCUGCUGUGGCAAGCUUGGAUCCAAGUUGAUUUUGGUGAUGGGUCACACCAAGUGCGGAGCCAUUGCAGGAGCGACGGCCACUUACCUCGCCAACAAAGGCGCAGAAAGCAAGGCCAUGAAGAGUGCAGGCAGCGCACUGGAGGGUCUGCUAGUUGGCCUGUCUGGUGUGGCAAAACAGGCUGAGGAGGAGCUUGGCCCUGGUGCUGAUCAAGAUGAGUUGGUGUCCCUCAGUGUGCGUGUGAACGUCUUCAGCUCCAUUGAUUUCCUGUUGAAGUACAGCCCAUCUCUCAAGGAGCUUGUGAAGAACGGCAACUUGGAAAUCCAGGGUGGAAUCUACCACCUGGAAACAGGUCGAGUGGAGUUCCUCGGCCGCUCGCCCAGGCAAGCGGAAUUGCUCCGCUCUGACACGGCUUCUGUGCCACCAUCCCUGCAGGCAUUGCCCAUCCGCACAACAACAGAUGGACCUUUGCCAUCCAAGGAGGCAUUGAAGCUGCUGAAGGAGGGCAAUGCUCGCUUCACCUCUGGUGCUGCCAUUUCAGGAAAGAUCACUCCAGGCAUGAGGAAGGCAUUGGUCAACGAGGGUCAAGCUCCCCACACGGCCAUCAUCGGCUGUGCCGACUCCCGAGCACCUUUGGAGACCGUGUUUGAUGCCAUGCCUGGUGACAUCUUUGUGCUGCGCAAUGCUGGCAACACAUGCACCCAUGCUGAGGGCAGCAUGGUGGGCAGCUUAGAGUUUUGCCUGGGUGCUCUCAAGACCAAGAUGGUGUUGGUGCUGGGGCACACUGCCUGCGGAGCCAUCAAGGGUGCCACCUCAACGUACUUGCAAUCCAAGACCGGCAACGCACCCCAGGUCUCCAAAGCUCUGGAUGCCCUGCUGGUUGGCCUCAGCGAUGUGGCCAAGAAGGCCUCGCAGGAGUUGGGUCCCAACGCCACGGAGCAGCAGAUUGUGGACCGGACCAUCAAACUGAAUGUCUUCCACACUAUUGACUGCCUGCUGCAGUACAGCCCAUUGAUCCGAGAGAAGGUGGCGGCAGGUGAGGUGGAGAUCCAGGGUGGCAUCUACGAUCUGGAGACGGGUCAUGUGGAGUUCUUGGGCCAAAGCCCAGCUCAAAACAUCUUGAUGAAAUCUGGUGCUACGUUUCCAGCAGUGCUUCGACCAGUCCAACAUCAAGCAUCAGUACCUCAAGUAGCUCCAGCGCAAGUGCUUGCAGCACCAGUUCAAUAUCGAGCACAGCGAUUCACGUAUGUGCUUCCAGCAACAACACGAGUAGUACAAGCACCAGCAGCACCAGCGUAUCUUCAGCCAGCACAAGCUGCUCCGGUACCUCUCGUGCAGACAACUUGGCACGGAGUGCAGGGCAAUCGCUUCAUCUGAGCAGAUAGACUUGCCCGAGGCAAGUUCUGCAAUUUUACAAAAUGUCGGGAAUGCAGUUGGAUUUGAUUAGGAUUUCACAUUUUUGGAUGCGUCCAUGAUGUGCCCCAUGUACAUCGCAGACAGGUCGCAUAGAUGUAUAGAAGAAAUGGCCAUUCUGCUCAGAAGCAGUCCUUCCAUGCCAAAUUUUCUCAAAGAGAUUCUUGUGGCAAGAAUUUGUCAACCACCACUUGGGCUCUACAGAAGUUUGGAGCCGUGGGAACCCUCCUUGGAGGUUCCGAUACCAAUAUUUUUCUUUUUUCUUGCUAUGUC